AUGGACCUUGGACAUGGACAUUUGGGCGCUACUCAAGCCCCUGCCCAGAGUGGACAAGCCAAGGUGAUCAGCGUCAGUGAUUGGGAGGGAGUUGUUUCUACACUGAAAACAAUUGUCACGGAGCUCGCCCAGCUCAAGAGUGUAAUUGGCCAGAAACAGGGCCACUGCUGCUCGCACUGCCAGUGCCAAUCACGUGCCGACGACGACGAAGGAGAAGAGCUUGGGCUAGUUCCCAGCCAGGGAAUUCACGUCGCCACGGGCUGCAGUGGUCAGACGGUGUAUGUGGGCAGCAAUUCUUUCCCUGCCGUGGCCACGUCAAUCAGCAGAGACGGCGAGGCCAGGGCACCGCUCCGAGAGCUAUUUGCCAACGACGUGCUGCCACUGUUCGGCCUUGAGAACGAGUCGGCCACGUAUCCGUUUGUCGACCUCUGGGGGCUGCCGCACGGCUCGCUCAGCCGCGUGCAGGAGCUCGCCGCCGCGCUUCCUAGCGAUGCCGACUGCUGGACCCUCCUCAAAUCCUACAAAGAAACAUCAUGGGUGCUGUUCCCCGUCAUCGAGGAUGUCGACGAGCUCGAGUCGGAACUGCUGCAGUUCCUGCUUGCCCGCCGUGCAUCUUCGGGGAUAACAGAGCGCACCAUCUAUGGCCGGAGACUGCACUGGGUGGGCCUUCUGUUCGCCGUGCUGGCGUCGGGCUCGCAGUGCUCGGGGCUGUCGCGGGGCGAACGCGAACUGACGUCCAAGGUCUACGUCUGCUGCAGCGCCGAAUGCCUGCGCAUCACAAACUUCCUGUCCUACUCGAACCACGCCACCAUCCAAACCCUCGUCAUCCUCACCAACGUCCUCUCCAACAACGUCAACGCCGGCGUGGCCUGGUCGCUCCUCGGACUCACCAUCCGCCUCGCCCAAGCCCAAGGCUGCGACCAGGACCACGCCGAACCGCCCGCGCGGCGCCUGUGGUGGUUCGUCGUCUGGCAGGACAGCCUCAUCUCGCUGACCUUCGACCGGCCCGCCGCAACGACGGCCUCGAUGCCGCUACCGGGCGCCCCCUUGAACCCCUACGUCGAAUCCAUGUCGCUCCUCAGCCGCGCCGCCCUCGCCAUCCUCGGCGAACGGCGGCGGCGGCGGCGCCCGCUCGACGACGCCCGCGCCCUGUCCCGCCUCGCGCAGCUGCGCCAGGACAUCCAGGCCGCCACGCGCGAGUCGUCGGCGGCCCACCUGCGCGACCCUUCGGCGGCGCGGACGCGGCGCCAGCGCCUCGAGGCCGCCGCCGUGCACCUGCACCAAGCGCACAUCGCGUCCGAGCUGUCCCGGCCCGUGCUGCUGCUCACCACCACCACCAGCGCCGGCAGCAUCCAUGCAGUCGACGCCGACCUCCUCCGCUCCUCCUGCCUCGCCGCCCUCGCCGCCACCGUCGACGCCUUCCUGCAGCUGCACGACCACACCCCGUUCGCCCGGCGUACGUGGAUGGCCGUGUACAGGGCGCUCAGCUGCGCGCUGCUGCUGGGCGCCGUCGAUGAUGAUCGGGACGGCAGUAAUAGGGAGCUGGUUGCGCGCCUGGUCGACGUGCUGGCCGACCCUGCCGCAGAACUGGUCGACAUGUCGCCGGCCGUGGGACGCGCGGUGGAGGCGUUGAGGGCUUUGUUUGGAUUGGAGGAUGGGCCGGGCAAGAGAGGGGAUCGGGAUGAGGUUGGGAUGCGAGUUGGGGCUGAUGGGUCUUGA